CGUGCCGAUCGGUUGUCCGAAAUCACAAGUGCAGCGAUGGAAAACGACGAUCGGGGAAAGAAGACACGUCGGGAGGAUAAAACGAAAAAGAAGAGGGUAAAAACCAACCGCAUCGAAGAUCCCAGCUCAUCCACCUACGAAGAGGCGCUUCAUGGGACCGUGGACGAGUACAAUCGCCGUAAAAAAGAUCCGAAGGCGCACAUAGAGGAUCGGCUUAGGCGCUACCUGAGGUUCGGAGCCAUUCUGCAGGCGAUCUCGGAGCUGACGGGGAUACCACGGCUGGAACUUGUGACCGGGGGUAGAAGUGUCGGACAAGAUCAGCGCAGUGGCCACGGUCCGGACUUCCAUGCGGCACACGUCAUCCGGGUUGGCGAUGCCAGUGAAAGAUUGCGGAGCACAAACCCUUACCUGUACACCACUUUGCUCGACAUCAUCGGCCACACCCAGGUGGUGGAAAGGGAGGCGAACGUAUGGCACGGCAUCGGGGGUGAGAUCGAUCGGUUCCAGUCGGAAAAUUUAGAACUUCUCGCGAGCAUUGACUUUAACCUCGUGCGGAAUAGAGAGAAUGGAAAGUGGAAUAGGGAACGGAACCUGGAAAGGCUACUGAAUCGGAUGGAUCAAGUGAUCCAAGGUGAUUUGUUUCUGGAAUGGGAUUUUCCUCGCACAACUGCAGAGUGGAUUGGGUCACCGGAGGAUCUCCACGAAUACGCCGACAGUCAUUACAAACAGUUUAUGAACGAUUAUUCGUGUCGAGAGGAAGCUUCGCAAGAAUCAAACCAUUCCGAUGAAGACGACUCAAGCGAUGAAAACAUCGAGGAGCCGUCUCCGCGAUCAUAUGUGCCUGGUAAUUUUCCGCGAUCACAUGUGCCUGAAACCCCGAGAGAUCAUAACCAUAAUGCCUCGAGACAAUCCGAGGACCCUGGGACCUCGCGAAGAAGCGAAAGAGAGGGAAAUACAAACAAUCGUGGACCUCGAUGCGCUUUUUGUGGUCAGUACCAUUCUGUGCAAUUGUGCACCAUUCUAUAGCCACGCAAAGUGUGAAGCAAGAACGCCAUCGUUACUAAUUACAAGAAUAAAGA